AUGGCCGACAUCCAACCGCCCAUCGCGCCCAUCUCCAGCCCCAGCAUGGUCGACUCAGGAGCCGGAGGCCUCCCCAAAAAGAGCGGCUUAACAGCCUACGCCGCCAGCCCCAACGCCGACGUCGCCGCGGCCUAUACGUCCUAUUUCGACAGCUCAGAGUCCAACAGCGGCUACUCGCGAGCCGAGGAGCGCGCGCUGCGCUGGAAGCUCGACCGCCGCCUCAUCCCGAUCCUGUGGUUCAACAUCAUCAUCGGCGCCACCGACAAGGUUUCCACCAGCACCGGCGCGCUGUACGGCAUGCGCGAGGACACCGGCUCCACGGGGAAUAAGUACAGCUGGCUCGGCUCGGCGUUUUAUUUUGGGUAUUUGUUCUGGUGUUUCCCGGCGGCGGGGCUGCUGCAGAAGUUGCCGAUGGCGAAGUUUAUGUGUGGAACUAUUUUCUUAUGGGGUAUCAUCCUCAUUUCGACGGCCUACGUCCACAAUUUCCCGACCAUGGUCGCCCUGAGAGUCAUCCUUGGUAUUCUGGAGGCACCCAUCAUUCCUGGCGGUUACCUGAUGCUUUCCAUGUGGUACACGCGGAAUGAGCAGGCACUCCGCUCCGGCCUCAUGUACACGAACCUGUCCGUCAUCUUGUCCGGACCUAUCGGCUACGGAAUCGGAGCCAUCUCCGGCGACGGCAAGUGGCGCUGGUACUUCAUCAUCCUGGGCUCGAUAUCCCUAGUGUAUUCCGUCGUCCUCGGCAUCUUCCUGCCGGACAACCUCCCCCGGGCCAAGUUCCUCAACGAGCGCGAGAAGGCCAUCACGGUCGAGCGCCUGCGCGGCGACCAGACGGGCAUCGAGAACAAGAUGUUCAAGCGCGAGCAGAUGAUCGAGGCCUUCACGGACCCCAAGACCUGGCUCAUGUUCGCCUUCAACAUCUUCUGCAGCAUUCCCAACGGCGGGCUUUCCAACUUCCAAUCCCUCAUCAUCAAAGGCCUAGGCUUCAGCUCGCGGCGCGCGCUCCUGCUCUCGAUGCCCGAGGGCGGCGUCGCCACGGCGUCGGCGUACCUGUGCAACGGCGGCGUGUGGUACCUGACGCGCCGGUACCCCAAGCUGCACUGCCGCGUAGGCAUCAUCAUCGCGGGCGAGGUCGUCGGCAUGGUCGCGUCCGUGUUCCUCUACACGCUGCCGUUCGAGAACACGCACGGCCGCCUCGCGGCGUUGUGGAUGGCCAAGUUCUUCCUCGGUCCCUAUAUCGUCAUGUUGGCGCUCAACGUCGCCAACAUCGCCGGCCACACGAAGAAGGUAACCGUGCAGGCCAUUGUCUUUAUUGCAUAUUGUGUUUCGAACAUUAUCGCGCCCCAGUUCUUCAGGGCAGACCAGGCGCCGCUGUACCCAUUGGGGAUGGGAUCCAUCUUGGGGAGCUACGUGCUCUCCAUCAUCACCAUCGCCCUGUACGGGCUGUACUGCUGGUGGGAGAACUGCAGACGCGACCGCGUCGACGACACGAGGGGCGAGCGUGUGCAUGAGGACACCGACUUCAAAGAUCUGACGGAUCGGGAGAACGUACAUUUUAGAUAUGUGUGGUAA